GGAAGUGGUAUUCGGAUAGCAACGGCGCAUUGAUUUCCCUUCCCCUACAACAAUAAAAGGAAUUCGGCAAAUUUAAAGACGCGUCUCAGAAACCAGACCUUCAAUCUUAAUAAGAAAAAAUAAAUAAAUAAAUAAAUAAAUAAAUCUCGUGGUUUUAAAGAGGCAUCGCGGGCUGUCAUGCUGUCGGACGCAGACUAUUCCGGGAAUGCGUCUGGUGCUCGGAGAGCCAAGAAGAGGAGCUCCGGGGAGUCUCCCGGGGACGGUCAGACCCUGCGCUCCUCUGGGAGGCAGAUCAACGUCCGGGUGAAGCGCACCAACAACCCUCCACCUGGACAGAGCAAAAGAAAAGCCACAGACACAGAGGAGGAAGAUGACCAGUCUGAGAAGAAGUACAGAAAGUGUGAAAAGGCCGGGUGUUCGGCCAUGUACCCCGUUUGCUUUGCAAGUGCAUCUGAAAGGUGCGCUAAAAACGGAUACACGUCUCGCUGGUAUCACCUGUCGUGUGGAGAGCAUUUCUGCAACGAGUGUUUCGAUCACUACUACAGGAGUCACAAAGACGGCUACGAGACCUUCGCGUCCUGGAAGAAGACCUGGACUAGUAACGGGAAGAGCGAACCAAGUCUUAAAGCUUUCAUGGCAGAUCAGCAGCUGCCGUUCUGGGUUCAGUGCACCAAACCGGACUGCAGGAAGUGGCGCCAGCUGACCAAGGAGAUCCAGCUCACUGCCUCCCUAGCGGCAACGUACCGCUGCGGAAUGAAGUUUAACAACAUUAAGACCGAGGGACCCGAGCAGUGCUCCCAACCAGAGGACCUGAGAGUGGCCGAGGUGUCCGACAGCUGGUGGCAUUCGAUGCUGAUUCUGCCGCCGCUGUUCAAAGAGAGCCCGGCCAGCCCCUUCCUCGCCGCCUACUACCCCGACUGCGUGGGGAUGAGUCCGUCGGGGUCUCCCACCAACAUGUCUCUGAAUGAGCUGAGGGCAGAUCACUGCAGAGCUGUGCCGCCACAGAUCCCAGGCCUGUGUCCGUACUUCCAGCCCUUCUACCAGCCCAAUGAAUGCGGCAAAGCUCUGUGCGUGCGACCAGAUAUGAUGGAGCUGGAUGAGCUUUACGAGUUCCCAGAGUUUUCCCGUGACCCCACCAUGUACCUGGCUCUCCGCAACCUCAUCCUGGCCUCCUGGCACCGGAACUGUAAGGAGGUGCUGACCCCCGAGAAAUGUGCUCUGAACAUCGUGGUUCGGGGGCUGGUGCGCGUGCGCUGCGUGCAGGAGAUGGACCGCGUGCUCCACUUCAUGACCAGGAAGGGCCUCAUCAACACGGGCGUUCUGGCAGUGAAACGACCCCUGCUCCCCGAGAGGCACUGCACCAAGAACGUCGUCGUCAUCGGCGCCGGGGCUUCGGGACUCGCUGCCGCUCGGCAACUCCAGAACUUUGGCACCAAGGUGGUGGUGCUGGAGGCGCGGGAGAGGAUCGGCGGCCGGGUUUGGGACGACACCUCUCUGGGCGUCACUGUGGGUCGAGGAGCUCAGAUCGUCAACGGUUGUGUCAACAACCCCAUCGCCCUGAUGUGUGAGCAGAUGGGCAUCAAGAUGCAUAAGCUGGGAGACAGGUGUGACCUCUUUCAGGAGGGGGGGCAGGCCACUGACCCGGCCAUCGACAAACGCAUGGACUUCCACUUUAACGCCAUCCUGGACGUGGUCUCGGAAUGGAGGAAGGACAAGUCGCAGAACCAGGACACUCCACUGGGAGAAAAGGUCCAGGAGGUGAAGAAGAACUUCCUCCAGGAGUCUGGGAUCCAGUUCAGCGAGCUGGAGGAGAAAGUUCUUCAGUUUCAUCUCAGCAAUCUGGAGUACGCCUGUGGAAGCACGUUAGACCAGGUUUCGGCCAGAUCUUGGGACCACAACGAGUUUUUUGCCCAGUUCUCAGGAGAUCACACUUUACUCACUAAGGGCUACUCUGUUUUACUCCACAAACUGGCAGAGGGCCUCGACAUCCGCACACAGUGUCCGAUUCAGGCCAUCGACUACUCAGGUGACGUUGUCAAAGUUACUUCCUCUAAUGGGUCACAGUGGACGGCGCAGAAGGUCCUUGUCACAAUCCCACUGACUUUGCUUCAGAGGAACUCGAUUCAGUUCAACCCUCCACUUUCUGAGAGAAAACUGAAAGCGAUUCACAGUCUGGGAGCUGGCAUCAUUGAAAAGAUUGCUCUUCAGUUCCCGUACAGAUUCUGGGACAACAAGAUCCAAGGGGCCGACUACUUCGGUCACAUCCCGCCGGGGCCUGAAAAGAGGGGCAUGUUCGGAGUCUUCUACGACCUGGACCCACAGGGGAAACAAGCUGUGCUGAUGUCAGUCAUCGCCGGUGACGCUGUACCUGCCGUCCGGGACAUGGAGGACAAGGAGGUGGUGGAUGAGUGCAUGAAGGUCCUGCGUGAACUUUUCAAAGAGCAGGACGUCCCGGAGCCGGCGCAUUUCUUUGUGACACACUGGAGCAAAGACACGUGGUCCCAGAUGUCCUACAGCUUUGUGAAGACCGGGGGCAGCGGUGAGGCCUACGACAUCCUCGCUGAAGACGUGCAGGGAAAAGUGUUCUUUGCUGGCGAGGCCACCAACAGACACUUCCCUCAGACGGUGACAGGAGCCUACCUCAGCGGGGUCAGAGAGGCCAGCAAGAUGGCCGCCAUGUAGCCUCCCACAGCGCUCACAAACCACCAGCACGGACUCACGGGUUGUUGCACCAGGCGACUCGGCUGUGGACCCGCUCCUCGGACUGUGUGACCUGACGCUCUGCUGUACUGUGAUGUGUCGGAUCGUCCGGAUUAGCCUGUUCCCAGUAAGCGGGCGGAAAUAGGGCUCUAGGUGCUGGUUCUACAUAUUUAACACAGGAAAGUGCUUUUUUUUUUUUUUUUUUUAAACUUCUGUCGAAACACAUCAGGUAAAAUGCUGUGGUGCAAAAAAAACACACACAACGACACGGCAUGAAGAACACCUCUCUGAGCGUCCGCGCUGGGCCGGAGCAGAGGGUGAUAUCUGAGUUUAAUGAUGUUUGUACUGAAUGAGACACUGGUACGCUCUCCGUCACGUGAUAUACGAUCAUGAUCUCUAAAAUAACUCUGUUGAGUGUUACCUACCGAUGUUGCAUUCAGCUGUUUUUAAUUUCAGUUAUUUGUGAUUCAUGUCUUGCUACAAACGGUGACGUCGAGCGGACGUACGGUUAGAUCUUUAGUAGGAGUACCUCUGCGAUAGCACUUUUGAUUUAAAACAGUAAGAAAAGAAAUUAAUAAAUCACUUGUGUUAGUAGUUGAGUCGAUCAGAAGACGCCAGGUUGUUCCUUUACUUUCUCAGGGAUGUGAUCAGGACGACACCAGCUAGUGAAAAAUAAUUAAAGAAAAUAAUUUUUGCAGAUGGAGGUUAAAUGAAGACCAACACCGCCCCCAACAAAAACACUUUGUUUCUCAUACUAACUCCUGAUCAAUGAAGUACCUGAGGUGUGAGGUUGGGGAACAGCACAACAAUCCCCUCACUUUCUUUCUUUGAUUAAUGUUGACUAAUGUUCCUUCAUGUGUAGAUUCAUAUCUUUGUCUGGAUCAAUGCAUCUAUAUGAUCAUGUCCUACAUGUCUGACAUUACAGCGCUUGAGUAUUUAUCUUAUAGUAUGUGUGUAAUAAAAAGAGCUACCGACUGCCUCAA